CAGUUACAUCAUCCCCCACCCCAGUGGCUUUGGCUUGUCAGGGCAGCUUACAUAUGAUUCCCAGGCGGUCUCCCAUCCAGGCAACUGACCAGACCUGACCCUGCUUAGCUUCGGCAGGGAGCUGUCCUUAUGUGCCUUCAGACCAUAGCCUGGAUUGCUGCCUCCCAAGAUCUUUCCUCUGGACCAAACCCCGUCCAAUGGAUCAGGUAUUGCAGCUUUCCCUGGUGCCGAUGAGAGUCAAGGAUUUGCUCCACUUCAAACUCCUGACCAUUGACCAAAACGGGGGGAAGUGAGGUCUCGGGCGCUCGGUGGGGGUCUAGCAGUUUCUCUGGCAUUAACAAGGAGCGAUGAAAGACGGGAUGUUUCUUGAGAGAAGCAGGCAGACGUAGAAGAAAUGCCACUGGACUGAUCUGAACCUCCACUUCAAAGGGUCCCAGUCUUUGAGCCUCUAGUUGAUGGCUGGGAACUCGUGUGAACAAAUAAUGUGCGGAAAGCCAUACCUUGUCUCCAACCUGUAUCUCUGGGCCAGGCUGGUGAUGUUGAUCCACCACCCGCUUGUAGUUGGCUUUCGCUCAUGAAAGUUGCUCCUGUAGUAACUGCUGCAUUGCCUGCAAUUCUUGCACGAACUCUGUUGCCGCUGGGACAGCUGGGAUAGAGCCGCGGGUGUCAAAAGUAUGAAUGUGGAAUUCAAAGUUGGCAAAGAACAGUGUCUGCUGAGUAGACAUGUGCACCGAGUUAUUAUAGGGAAACUCAGCCAGGGCAAUAAUGACACCCAGUUGUCUUGCUGAUAGUUUACAUAGCAGUAGAGUUAUUGUUCCAAAGUAGCUUGCACUCUUUCUGUCUGUCCAUCUGUCUGGGGGUGAUGUGCAGAUGACAACUUUAAUUCACUGGGAAGCAAUUGCCACAAAGCGCACCAGAAACACACUGUAAAUUGGUCUCCCCAGUCUGAUAUCAAACUGGUGGGGAGACCAUGGAGACAAAAAAUGUGCUCUACAAACAGCUGGGCAGUUUCUCAGGCGGUUGGCAACCCAGCACAGGGGAUGAAGUGAACCAUUUUGCUAAAAGCAUCCACGACCACUGAAAUAGUCGUCUUCCCCUGGGAAGCAGGCAAGUCUGUGAUGAAGUCCAAAGUCACCAUUUGCCGGGGUCCCUUGGGCAUAGGGAGAGGCUCCAAUAACCGUGCGGAUCUUCCCAGGGGGUGCUUUGCUCUUGUGCAUGUGGGACUGGAUUGAACAUACCUCUCUACAUCAUGUUUCACCUUUGGCCACCAAAAAUCUUGCAUGACAGCCUGUAACAUUUUAAAAACACCAAAAUGUCCAGCAGUGGGGGUAUCAUGACACUGUCGGAGCACCUUAGCUCUCCUGGUGGCACAUGCAAAGUCUCAUAGUGGUGAAGCAACCCAGUGUGAUGGGAGAAUCCUGGCACACAGUCCUGCUGGGAUUGCCCCAGUUUCCACAGCUGCUCCUGAGCAUAUGGGUCUUGUUCUUGGGCUCUGCGCAGGUCCUGGAACCGCGGGUCAGGGCAACUGGUGGUGAUGAUCUUUUCUAGGGUUAUGAUGUGAUGUAAUUGCGUGGUAGGCCGAGUGUCUCAGACCAGUGAAGUGGUCCAGAACCUUUUAGGUAAUCAGUAAGAGGGGCAAUGAAAUUUGAGAAGGCUACAAUGAAGCGGCGGUAGCAGUUAGCAAAAUCAUGAAGUGGUCCAAUUACUGUAGUCCUUGAAGAUGCCAUUCAUGAGAUUUUGGAAGACAGCUGGAGCAUUUGACAAUCCCAACGGCAUGACCAAGUACUCAAAGUGUCCAUAGCAGGUCUUGAAGGUGGUUUUCAACUCAUCCCCUUCCUUUAUCCUGACCAAAUUGUAAGCUCCGCGUAAAUCCAGCUUGGUGUAAAAUUUAGCCGACUGUAAGCACUCUUAACAUCUCGCUGAUAAGAGACAGGGGGUCCCUGUUGGGUACAGUAAUCUUGUUCAGCUCCCUGUAAUCUGGCAAGGAUGUAACUCGACAUUCUUUUUCUUGACAAACAGCAGCAGGGCAUCGGCAGGGGACUUGGAUAGCCAUAUGAACUCUUGCUGUAAGUUGGUGUCCAAGAAGUGCCUCCCACUCUGGCUCUGACGGGGAAUAGAUGUGCCUCGAAGGAAUGCUUGCCCCCAGCAACAAGUCUAUUGCACAGUAGUAAGGGUGGUGUGGGGGCAACUGGUCAGCUUCCUUUUUGUUGAACGUGUCUUUAUAGUCUUGAUACUUUUCAGGCACCCGCAACUCCACUGGCAUGGAGGUAGCCACCAAUGCAACAGGUUCAGGAUUCUCAGGCUGGCAGUGCUGCUCACAGUAGUCUGAUUGAAAUGUCACUGUGGCCUCCUUCCAAGAGAUGAUAGGAUCAUGCUGAGCCAGCCAAGUCAUGCCAACACCACAGGGAAGCGGGGCACUGCUGCCAGGUAAAACGACAUCCUUUCCAUGUGUCCCGAUAAUUCCACUUUCAGGGGCUUGGUGGCUCUGGUGACAGCUUGUCCAGAACCUCUCCACUAAGACCUGCUUGGUAGCGAUACAUCAGGGCUGAGUCGUUCCAGUCCAACUCCUGAGCCAAGAUUCGAAAGGGAUUGGUAUAAGUGGUUACAGAGUCCUUGCCUUGCUGCAGCUUCCCUAUCCGACGUGACAUGGUGGCUUUCCUCUGAGGGUCUCUGAAGAUCUCUGCCAUCUCUCUUAUGAAAUUGUCAAACUGGUUUAGCAUGGGGUUGUUUCGAAGCAGCAGGAGAGUCACCCAUUGGGCAGCCUCUCCCUCUAGAAAACUGAUGACAAAAGCCACUUUCAAGGCAUCAUAAGAAAGUCCGACUGUCUGACACGGAUAUACAACUCGCACUGUGCUAUGAAUGUCAUGAACAACUCCUUAUUCCCAUUGAAAUGAGGAGGAAAACCCACUGGACACUUGGCUCGAGGUGCAGGAAUGGGCAAGGCGGCCACUGCCCCUGGUUGCAGGUUAGCCAUCUGGGUAGCGAGCUGGGUCAUUUGCUGAUGCAAGGUCUGGUUCUCAGCACAAAGCUGUUGGAGCUCAGAUAACACGUUCUGGAAUGCGUCCUGGAGACCUUUUCCUUGCUUGUUGCUUGCUUCCAUCUCAGUCAUGGUAUCAUUGGGUGGAGAAGUAAGGGGCUGAGUCACACUGACCUGUCCGAAGGUGGGAGAUCCAGACUCAGAUGCGGCUGUGAUUUUUUCCCCUUUUUAUUACAGCUAUGCUUUCGGCGGACCUUGAAGACCUGGCUCUUUACCCAGGCGUGGGAAGGGGAUUAGGCUGGCAGAUUGCAGUUCUUUGGGGGUUUAAAUGCUUAAGCUUUUAAUUUUUAAUUUCUAAUUUUUAGGAUUUUGAUUAUGUUUAUAUGAAAUGUACUUGUGCUUGGUUGUAAGUCGCCCAGAGUAGCAGAUUAACCUCUGCCAGAUGGGCAUCUUACAAAUCUCAUAAAUAAAUAAAUAAAUAAAUAAAUAAAUAAAAUCAAAAGCAAUACUCCCAGGCUCCUGCCGGGAGGAAGGGUGCGAUAUAAAUAAAAUAAUAAAUAAAUAAAUAAAUUAACCUAAUUAUGCUUUCUGGGAACUUUUCCCUGACAAACUCUGACUAAGCAUGACUCUGCAGCACUACAAUGUUGACUCAGCAAAGAAAUCCCUCCUCUGCGCCCCCUUAAGAAGUCUGGGUUUUUGUGUGAAUCUGUUGGCUCCUCUUUAAUGUCAGUCGAAUUUCUCUUUGCUGCUGCUGGCACGCACAAGGCAAAGGGGCUGGCGCUUGGCUUCUUCCUCUGAGAAUUGUGGGCAGUCAGCUUGCUCGACCGUGGGAACCUGCGGGGCUCCCGACUGGGAAAUAUCAGGUGAAGCAGGUGGCGCCUCAGCUGUGGGUGCAGGAGCUGGGGGUGUAUCCAACAGAACAGUCUCCAAAGGGGCCGUCUCCAACAGUUCUGGUUGCGCUUCAGCAGGGGGAGGCGAGGUGUCAAUGACUGGGAUUUGCAUACUCUGAAAACUUUUGCUGCUGCUUGUCUCCUCCCCCUGCUCAUCCUCCCAGUCCUCAACAUCAGUCUGGUGCAUCGAAGCCUCCUCUUCCCACCUGGGUCGCCACAGUAUUCAGCCACUCUUCUGGAGAUUGUAGCUCUGAGCGGAAUAGGAUGUCACAUAGCAACUCUCAGCACCCUUCACAGACUACACUUCCCAGGAUUAUUUGGGGGAAGCCAUGACUGUUUAAAGUGAAAUAAAGAUACAGAAACAGAUGAAAAAGACUUUGGACGAUAUGACUGCCAACCUAUUCUUCUUGCAAGAGACAAAGAGUUACAUCAAAACCCUGCCAGCAAAAGGGUGGAGCCAACCAGAAGUGCUAAAGAAGAUGAAAGAAUACAGUUCUAUGGGUAAAGAAAACUGGGAAGGUGGCCGAGUGUCUGGGACAGUGUACAGUGGGGAUUGGAAACUGUCUGAUCUGAUUGUGAAGGUUUUUGAGGAGUUUGUGUGGAGUAAUCCACUUCACCCAGAUGUAUUCCCAGGUCUGAGGAAGAUGGAAGCAGAGAUAGUGAGAAUGGCCUGCACGCUCUUUCAUGGUGGACCAAAAUCUUGUGGAACAAUGACCUCUGGUGGGACUGAGAGCAUCCUCAUGGCCUGUAAAGCGUACAGAGAUUUGGCUUAUAAAAAAGGAAUCAAAAACCCAGAAAUGCUGGUUCCGAAGAGUGCUCAUGCAGCGUUUGAUAAAGCAGCUCAUUAUUUUGGGAUGAAGAUUGUGCACAUUCCGGUGACCAAGAUGAUGCAAGUGGAUGUUAAGGCAAUGAAGAGAGCUAUUUCCAAGAAUACAGCCAUGUUGGUCUGCUCUGCACCCCAGUUUCCUCAUGGGUGCAUAGACCCCAUUGAGGAGGUAGCAGAGCUUGCAGUGAAAUACAAGAUUCCCUUGCACGUGGAUGCUUGUCUAGGAGGCUUUCUCAUUGUCUUUAUGGAGAAGGCAGGGUUCCCGCUGCAACAUCUUUUUGAUUUCCGAGUGAAUGGCGUCACCAGCAUUUCUGCAGAUACCCACAAGUAUGGCUAUGCACCAAAGGGCUCCUCUCUGAUAAUGUACAGAAAUGAAGAAUAUCGGAAAUGGCAGUUUUUUGUUGCUCCUGACUGGCAGGGCGGGAUCUAUGCCUCCCCCACCAUGGCUGGUUCCAGGCCGGGUGGCCUCAUUGCAGGUUGCUGGGCAACGAUGGUACACUUAGGAGAAGAUGGUUAUGUGGAGGCCACAAGGAAGAUAAUUUCAACUGCACGCUUCGUUGAAUCAGAGUUGCGGAAAAUUGACAACAUCUUCAUCUUAGGAAAACCGGAGGUAUCUGCCUUGGCUUUUGGGUCUGACAAAUUUGAUAUAUAUCGAUUGUCAAACUUGUUAAUAUCUAGAGGAUGGAAUCUUAAUAUUCUGCAGUUCCCUCGAAGUAUUCAUUUUUCCAUAACACAAUUGCAAACAAAGCCUGGGGUGGCAGAACUACUAGUGAAGGAUAUCAAGGAGUGUGUCCAUGAGAUCAUGACGCUCCCCCAAGAAAAAACCACUGGCCUGGGUGCUAUCUAUGGCAUGGCACAAAUGGUUCCUGACAGGAGCAUAGUUUCAGAGAUUGCUGAUGGUUACUUGGGCUGCCUGUACAGCACAGACACGCCUCACUCAGCUGAAGCACACACAAAUUGAUCUCCAGCCCACCAUUGACUUUGCAGUAAUUUGUGCCUUUCAACUGCCGGAUGGUAUUCUGAAGAAUUGUAGGGAAAGAGGAUAUCAUUUGGAAGUUGGUCCUCAGGCAGGUUCACAUAGCAGUUUGAUACCUGCUUUUAAUCACGUCUCUCUCUUUUUAUAAGCAUUAGCUCUGUUCCCCAUUUUGUUUAUGUGUAUGCAUCUGUGAGUUUUCAUAGCUAGCGAGUUUUUUUAAUACUGACGCUCUGUAUUCCUUCACACUUGCUCCCUGCUGCUACUAGUCUUCAACGGAAUGGCCAUAUUUGUGGCCACUGUUGGUCCAUUCCACCAUGCCUUAUACACAGGUAUUCAAAAUCUAUCCAUCCUUUCUCCUGCUUGGCUUUUUGUUUGUGCUGAAUAGUGAGCCACUGGGAAAAGUUUGGAUAUUACUGCCCCUCCCCAAACUUCGGAUAAGAAUAGGAGGGGAAGGACAGAAGAGAAAUUUGUGUUUUUCAGAUCACUGUAUGGCAAUUUGCGCUACAUCCCAAGCUGAUACGUUAGGAGGAAGGUGAUGUAAGGUACUUAAUUCUGUUCAUUCCCGAUGUCCACCAUGGUGCAAUCUUGCUACUUUUCUCUUUCCGUGGAAUGUUUUUACAGUACCACUCAAAGCCCUAUUGAGUCAUGCAUAUCUGUGGAAGGGCUUUAAGGGCAAAAUGGUUAUUAUGGAGUGAAGGCUUUGCUCUGGCUUCAGAUACUCCACUCUCGGCACGGUUAGGAAGCUCUUUGCAAUUCCUAGGGGCCAAGCUCAGAUUUUGAGAAGUCCAGAGAUACCUAAAGUUGUUAUCUUUUAUGGAUCUGUAAUUUGUUGAGAACUUUUAAGAUGUGGAGCACUAAUGCUAUCUUUUUAAAUUGUAAUAGUGCAGAAUGAUCUUACAGUAGUGGAUGCCACCUACUUUGUUUGUGCAGUGUUGACUGUAAGGCAUGUUUUUAAAAAGCGGUAAAGCUGAUAACAUGCUCCCUGGGAAGCCCAGGAAGGGGGCAGAAGACUGUCAGCCAACAGAUGACCAACUCCUUUAUGGUACUGCACUGAAAACAACUUAAGUGGCAAAUUAGCCACAGGUAUAACACUCCACUCUCAGUGUUCUACUGUCUAUCCUAUUUAUAGAUAGAACAGGAUUUCAUAAGAGUGGUAUGGCAAAGUAUUGGCUAGGAGGAGUGGUCUUACUUGCAUUCUGAUGCUACUGCAUGCUUCGGUUUGCUUUUAGAAAGCAGCUAUAAUUCCUGUGUGAAGCUGAGGCAAAGGGGGUAUCAUUAACUUCUCUUCCAAAGCUUGAAGAAAUGAAGGUGGAAACAGUUUUCAGUCAGGUCUUGAGCAAUUUUGAUAUAGCACUAAGUACUGCACUGAGCCUUUCACAUAAAAGGAUUUAUUACCUCCUGCUUAGUAUCAGUGCUUCCUUUGAAGGAAGUACAAGGUGUGUUACAGAGCUAUAGAUUUGUGAAAUGCAUUGUUUUCAGCCAUUAUGACAGAAUCUUUUGUGGCUUGAUGUGUUCAGCUGGACAUGCUCACUUUUCACUAUUGUGAAUUCUGGGAAUAAUGGUUUAAUAGCCUUCUUUCUAUUUUAAUUUUAAAUGUAGCAAGUCCAAAGUAACUUGGAUGCUUUGCAUACAACUUGAACUUGUAUGAAACUGAUAAUAACUUACUACUGUGUCUUUCACCAGGUUGAUAGGUGCAGUUUCCAUAACCUUGUGUUAUUUAAGAAACAUUUGACAUCACAUCCUUAUGCAUAAUUCACCAGAAAUGUGUUCAAGUAGUUUUGAUUAUGUUUUAGAGUGGAAUGAACCUCUUGUCCGUUUCUGCAAGUUUCUGCAAGAACUGAGUUGGGUUUUGUAAUUAACUCAGGAAGUCAACACUUGUUUGCAUUAACACUUUUUUUAAAAAAAAUUCUGUAGGAUACUGCAUAGGUACUACUUUAUUUCGAAUGCAUAAUCCAUGUUUAUUAUCAUACAUCAUGUAUACAAUUUCAGCUUUAAAAUAAAUUUUUUCUAGGGCAGAAAAACGUGUACUUUUUUUA